AUGGCAGGCUUCGACGUUAUCUGCUUCAUCCAGUUGAUGAGGGCACACACACUGGAGGAACUCGCGAAGCUGUAUGACCAGCCCUUGGAACUCCCAGAAAUGCCUAGUAUCGUGACCACUGGCGAGUGUCUGUAUGAAACCAACCUGCGCAGCAUACUAAGAUACCUCAAGCAAGUCUACAAGACGUGCAAGAGAGAAGGAGCUGUCCACGCCUCGGCUGAGUUCCUCGCGCACCGAGCGAUGGUCAAGCAAUUCCACGAUGUCAACGACUGGGCAGUCAAUCUCCCCAUGACGCUGGAGGCGCCCUUAGGCGUGAAAGGGCUCAUUGAUGGAGACAUUACUGCUCAGGGCCUUCGUGAAUUCCUGAUUAGUGCCGAUGCUCACUUCGUUACGCUACAAGACGAUGAGAUUUGGUUUCUCCAGCAACGAUAA